UUUGUAUCUGCUUCUUGCUUUGCUGCUGUGGAAGGAACGCGACUUUCCAAGGGACACGCCAUCGUUUUUGCUUGGGAAGAUUACUUCGUUUGUAUAUCAGAAAAUCGCACAAAAAUGGGUGUAAUGGAAUCUCUCGGUGUCGACGGACUGUUGAGCGAUGUCCAGCGGAUGGACAAACGGCAGUUUUUCUUCCAGGUUUUGAGCUUCGGAAUGAUCGUUUCCUCGGCGCUGAUGAUCUGGAAAGGGCUAAUGGUCGUGACUGGAAGUGAAUCGCCAAUCGUGGUCGUCCUCAGUGGCAGUAUGGAACCGGCUUUCCAUCGCGGAGACCUGCUGUUUCUGACCAACCAGGAGGAACCGGUUCGCGUGGGUGAAAUUGUGGUGUUCAAAAUCGAAGGUCGCGACAUUCCAAUCGUACAUCGGGUGAUUAAACUGCACGAGAAGAACAACGGAACGGUCAAGUUUCUGACCAAGGGUGACAACAACUCGGUGGACGAUCGGGGCCUUUACGCUCCGGGUCAGCUGUGGCUCACCAAAAAGGACAUCGUAGGAAGGGCAAGAGGAUUUCUGCCUUACGUUGGAAUGAUUACGAUUUACAUGAACGAGUAUCCCAAUUUGAAGUACGGUAUUCUUGGAAUGUUGGCACUGUAUGUGCUGCUUCACCGAGAAUAAGAUCUCGAAGGCACUUAGGAAAAGGGCAUAAUUAUAAAAGAGAACAGAAGACAAGAAGGUCCGGUUCAGGAUAAAAGAAAAGAGAGUCAUUCGAUGGAGAUGUCUGGAUAGAACCAUUCAAUGGAAUGUAAACUUAAGAAUAUGUUUAAAAGCUAGUAAAAAAGAAACCACGAAAAUACAAAACCCUUUAAUUUUCUCUCAAA